AUCUAGUGCUUGUGUGUGUGUUUGAAUGGUGUCUCACAAUGUGGUGUGUGUCGGUCAAGACAUUAGUGAGUUUUUACAACUCGCAUGUCAAGUCGUCGUUUGCGUGUCGCAUGUGUUUUUCUAUUUUGUCAAGUGUGAAGUGUCCAUCGCGUCGCAGGUGUGUGCAGCAAGCCCCCAUCAACUCAAGAAGAAUAUAUCUUGAAGAACCAAGACCAAGAGCUCAAGAUUUCAAGCCCAAGGGACGCGGAUAAAUAUUAAAUAGUGAAAAUAGUA